CAUUCUUCAGUGUAGACACUUAGCAGGCCUUGAUAUAACCAUAACAAUCAUUCUUGUUUAUAAUAUAUCAGAGUAAAAGGUGGUACACGAAAAGUACAAUGGCGAAGGAGGUAACAGAAUUUAAAUAUCCGCUAUCCCUGGCAGACCGAGAAGAGCAGUUGUUCGAUAACGAGUACUUCUCGGACGUAAUUUUCUUGGUAGGUGAAAAUGGUGAACGCGUUUACGGUCACAGGAUUAUUCUAACGCUCGCAAGCGAAGUAUUUUACGUGCAGUUCAAUGGACAGUUUGAAGAAGCUCGACAGAGCGAUCAACCGAUCACUGUGACGGACAUAGAACCGCCAAUUUUUCGGGACGUUCUGCGCUACAUGUACUGUCAGAAGAUUGAUCUCUCCAAUGAGAACGUCAUUGAAGUUUAUUAUGCUUCGCAAAAGUAUCUUCUGACUGGACUUAAUGAAUUGUGUGAAAAAUAUUUCGCAUCCAAUGUCGAUGAGAAAAAUGUCCUUAAGUUGUUUGAGGAAAAUAGAAAGCAUGAGUUUGCGGUCGUGAACAAGCAUUGCUUAGCUGUGAUUCGCGACAACCCGUUAGCCUGUUUCCAGCAUAACGAUUUCCUGGCCCUAGAGAAGAAAUCUCUCGAAAUGAUAACAAGCAGUGCGAGAAUUAACUGCUGCCAGGAACAAUUGCACAAAGCAAUCAAGAAUUGGGCCAAAGACGAUGAGUCGCGAUCAGAGGACGCUGACCAAUUAACACAAAUCAUUUCCGAUGUACAGCACCGGAAGCACGAUUGCUUGAAAUUCUUUAAUUUUAAUCAAUUCAAGUUCGUUGAAAAUAUCUUUACACACGUGCGAAUCAAGAACGUCUACGGCGACAAACCGGUUGGUUUAUAUGGAUUGGGCAUCUUUGUAAAGUCCAAGUCACAGCCGAGCAAUGAUGCAAAAAUUAGCUUGAAGGUGCAUGUCGAAUAUUUCAACGCAUCAGGCCAGAUUAGACAAUACUCAGUCGAAAAAAUUGUUCCUUUGACGAUGGCAAUGCUCACCGAAAAAGUUUUUUUCGAGAAAUUCAUCAUCGAUGCUGAAUAUUACUGCGAGAUACAGGUGAGCUUCGUAAAGCUCUCUGCAUUGCCUCCUAUGUUCUGCCUAAAUGCAUUUGGAUCCAUUGACAGCACACUGCAAUUAGAAGACUUUUUAACACGUAGCGGUAGCACGAUAACCAAUUGCAUAGCUUAUUUGCUGUACAAGAAUAAGGUUGCGACCAGCUCGAGCUAA